ACAUCGGAGAAAAACGCAAAAAGGAAAACAAGAAGUCGCCAGUUUGAAGCUGACGAUAUGGACAUUUGAGAAAAGGAUUGUGUGACAGUGCUGGUUACACUCCAUUAAUUAACUUCAGUGUGAGAAUGGCUGAAGUGGGAAGUGUAGAUGGGACUGGAGCCGAUGACACUGACAACAGUGAAAAACAGGCCACAACACAAAGCAACAACUCCCCAGCCAGGGGAGAUCACUCUCACAGUGAAUCUGGCAUUGACUGUGACCUAGUCUCCCCAGUAAAGCUGGGAGCCAUUGUGAUAGAUGGGGCAGAUGCAGCCACUUCACAGUGUGAAGGUGGAGCUGGUGAGGAUGCGGAGGCUGCAGAGGAGGGCAGGGAUAACGGAGACAAUCAUCUCAGUCUGGGAUUCAUGAAAAAAGACGACAGUGGCAUAGACGUAAGUCGCACGCCGACCAGUGGCAAAGACAGCUCCAUACUAUCGGACAACAAUGAGUCGCUCAGUGACAGUGGUGCAGGGUCGAGGACUAAUUCAGUCAGUGAGGCCUCCAUGUCUAAAGAAUGUUCACAGAAACCAUCAAAGGGUGGGUGCGAGACUAUUGUGACGGAGAUUGAAAACAUGGACACUGACGAAAUCAAUCAAGCUGGUGCGCAAAAGGAUGUCACCACAGCAGUGUCUUGUUCCGAUGAUGACAAAGACAGCGAUGACAGUGAAAAUGAUUCUGGACAGUCAAGUAGAGUUAGAAAGUUGCGCGAGUCAAUACGGCGGAGACUCCGCGACAAACGCAGAAGACACUUUUUCUUGGAUAGUGAUGACACGGACAGUGAUAAUGACGAUAAUUUAUCUGGAUCACCAUCAAAUCAAGAAAAUGUGAAAAUCAAGGACGAUUCUGACGAGGACAAUUCCGAUGAAGAUCAACCAUCUAGUGUGAAAAAAACUAAAUCUUCUAAUGUUAAGAAGAAGAAGCCCGAUUCUGACUCAGAGGAGGAGGAAAUGGUAGACAUGAGUAAGAGGCCUAAGCAGACUUGGCGUGCCCUCUUCGACUGUCGUGAUCGAGAGUAUGGGUUCAAUAGCCGUGUGCCCCCUGCCAGUUUUAGGGAGAAAGUGCAGGGCAGUCUACAAAUGGUACAGAGGUUUAAUCUUCAAUAUAAAAUGGAGUACCAUGAAGGCUGUGUGAAUGCUCUACACUUCAACAGAAUUGGUACAUUACUCGCCAGUGGGUCUGAUGAUUUAAACAUUGUCCUGUGGAACUGGAUACGAAAUCGCCCCGCACUUGUUUACGACAGCGGACACAGGAGCAACGUCUUUCAGGCCAAGUUUAUGCCGUUCAGCGGGGACUGCCAUGUGGUGAGUUGUGCCAGAGAUGGCCAGGUUAGACUCGCCGAGCUCUCACUUACCGGUGUGUGUAAACAGACGAAGAAGCUAGCACAACACAAAGGCGGAGCUCACAAGCUCGCCCUGGAACUGGACUCGCCCCAUGUGUUCCUGAGUUGUGGUGAGGACGCAAUUGUGUACCAAAUCGACCUUCGUGAGGACAAGUCAAACAAGCUGGUCCUCACAAAGGAAGGGGAAAAGAAGGUGCCUCUCUACUCAAUCCACUCCAACCCAGCAAACUCCAUGGAAUUCUGUGUAGGGGGUCGCGACCACUAUAUCAGAGUAUACGACAAGAGAAAGAUCAGCAAUAAUGAGGACAAUGGUCUUCUGAAGAAGUUCUGCCCCCAUCAUCUGGUGAGCAGCGACAUGAAAGCCAAUGUGACUUGUGCCGUAUAUAACUACAAUGGAACAGAAAUCGUAGGAUCGUAUAACGACGAGGAUAUUUACCUGUUCAACAACUCCCAUUCCACCGGUGCUGAACACAUUCAUCGGUACAAAGGUCACCGAAACAACGCUACAGUAAAAGGUAUCAAUUUCUAUGGGCCACGGAGCGAGUUCAUUGUCAGUGGCAGUGACUGUGGCCAUAUCUUCCUCUGGGGCAAGGAAUCGGAGCAGAUCGUCCAGUUCAUGGAGGGGGACGAAGGAGGAGUGAUUAACGUCUUGGAGCCCCACCCAUUUGCCCCUGUGCUCGCUACCAGUGGACUCGACCACGACGUCAAGGUGUGGGCGCCCACUGCCGAGGAGCCAACACAGCUGGACGAACUCAGAAAGACGAUGAAGAAGAAUCGUAAGGAGCGAGAGGAGGAGCUGGUGAACGAGCCAGACAUGAUUGACGGGCAGAUGUUGUGGUAUUUAAUGCACCACAUCCGCCGUGCACAGAGACGAGCUGACCAGGAUGGGACUCCAGCUGAUCAGGCGUCCAGCUCCAGUGAUAACAGCGAGUAUGACACAGAAGACUCGGAGGAGAACGCCCCCUACAGGAUGUCCUGUAACCCCUCAUGAACUUCCAACUAAAUACCAGCUCGGAGACACACAGGAUGUAACCAUUUAACAUUUGUACCUUAAUUUCUCAAAAAUAUCUUUUGGAUUUUUAUUUUUUUUUAAACUUUUUGCCAUAAAAUAUUUGUUCCUAUUCAUAACUUUAAAGAAAGAAAAAUUAGCAAUCAAUGUUUUUAUCCACAUUUAAAAAAUAAUUUUCAUGGAGUCUAUGAAAAAACCCAAAAUGAUAUUCUGUGUUAAGGAUUCCGUUACCACUGUCAAAAACCAUGACUAUGCACUUGAAACCUUAUCAAACAUGGCUGGUGGCUUUUGUAAAUAAUUUUUGAAAAAGGAAAACGACAAAACCUUGGAUAACUGUUAAGAAAACAAUAACGAUGCAAUUAAAAAAAGGGAAUCCUUAACAGUGCUCUGGGUGUAAAGAGGGACGAGGACGAGACCAGGAUUCGACCCUGUUCUACCCGAAUGAGUUAAUUGGUCCGUGGGAGAAAUCAUAGCCAGUCGUGCAACAAUUAUAUCAAAAACAAAAUUAUGGGGAGGUUACUGUAGAGAAACUAGCAUGAAACUCUUUAAUGUUUAGCAUACAGUUGAACAGGGAUUCUUAAAUUGACAGUUUUUGAGUUAUAACUGGUAAUUUCACCAAGUGUAGGAAAAUUAUUUCACAUAUGUGAGAUUUUUAUUUUUUUUCAAAAUUUGAACUGUGAUAUAUACAAACCUACACAAAAAUUAUCUAUUAUAUCAAGUUCCAUUUAAGGAUCCCUGUACAACUGCCAAAAAUUGUAAGUUUUGGAAUCUGUUUUUCCAACUUGACUAUAGCUUUGAUUAAAGAAACGUUACCUUUGUUUAAAAUUAAUAUUUUGAAUGUAAAAAAAAAUGUGCGGCUAGACUGUGAUUUGAACCCUGGACAUCGGAUUGUUCUACUGUCGCUCAAAGCAAUUGAGCUACCUGGUCUACGGAAGUGUCCUGGCCGAGCUGGGCUAAAUGUAUAUCCAAACGAAAGUAGGAAAACGUAGGAAAAGUCACAGUGCAAUGGGACGGAUCCUUAAGUAAAACUUUGGCAAAAAAGUCUUGUUGGUAAAACUGAAAUCUGAGCUGAAAUUGUUUUAAAGAACAUGAGGUACAGAGAAGUGGAACUCCUAACAGACAUCCUCUGAGGAUAGUGUGCCACUCGGGAUGUUGUGGUACUGUGGUACGGCACUUGAGAUGUUGUGGUACGUCAGGAGAUAAUAUAUUGUGGUACUGUGGUACGUCAGGAGAAUCUGACACAUCAGCGUUAUAACCUGACAUUCACCUGGUGAAGUUAUAAAAGAGGACUAUGUACGUAUUGUCAGAUUAACGACUACAAAUAUUUUCCAUUUUGUAUCAACUGGUUCUGUGAAUAGUUAUCUGUGAUUUGUUUAUAUGGUACACAGGUGCAAUAAGCUCGCAAAAUAUCCGUACCGCAAACCGUUUUUGUGAUAAAGGUAGACAAUUGAGCUACAAAGUAGCAUUAAGAUAUGAGAUGAAAUACCCCUAUUUAACUUUAGUAGACUCAACCAUGCAAUGACCUGGGCAAGUCCAUUAUGUGGUGGUAGGGUUAUUAAGUACCAGGUUUAAUGUUUUCAACUGUUUCGUUUCUGUGCCGUGUUGUUUGGCUUAUAGAUGAAUUUUAUUGUUGAUGGGCUGUAAACAAAAAACUAAAGCAAACCCUCCUAUUACACCAAGAAAUGUGUAAAUAUUUGUUUUUUCUUCGUCAUAUGCAUCUUACCCAUAGAGUUAUAAACCUCUUUAAUUAAAUAAAUGAAUGGUAAUAUGGAUUUGGUUGAUACUCAAGAACUAAUUAUAUUGAUACAUUAUAAAAGUACACAAGAAUUGAUGACAUAUUUGAAAAGUCCACAAGAAUUGAUGACAUUUUUGAGAGGUUCACCAGAAUUGAUGACAUAUUUGAAAGGUACGCAAGAAUUGAUGACAUUUUUGAGAGGUUCAUCAGAAUUGAUAUAUGUAAGGUGCACAAGAAUUGAUGACAUUUUUGAGAGGUGCACAAGAAUUGAUGACACAUUUGAAAGGUGCACGAGAAUUAAUGACAUAUUUGAAAGGUGCAAAAGAAUUGAUGACAUUUUUGAGAGGUUUACCAGAAUGAAUACACAUUGAUAAUAUUAAUGCUCUGCUGCGUAUAUCCUUACACAUAGUGAAGUUCCAAUUAUUAAUUCCAUAUUCCAGUCUUUAUCUCAAUAAUGAUCGAGUGAGAGAGGUGCUGGUGGUCUGUGGUUUAGCAUACACAAUCUCUAUUGGUGGCUGUGUUGUCAACUUAAUGAUGUCUGUAGAUCUGGGAUGGGAAAGGGAUUUACUGAAGAAAAUUGUGGAAGUCCAAAGGGCCGUUCAAGUGUUAUUUUGACAAGCCAUUUUGAUUGCUCCCAGUACUGUUGGUCUAAUAUUGUUUCAAUCAGAAGUCAAGAGGCUGUAAGUGGCAAUUAAUUCAUUUACACACUUGAUAUUUGUUUGCAGUAUUGAACUGCCUGUUGGUCUCGCUAACUGUAAUAUUGAACUGCCUGAUGGUCUCGUUAACUGUAUAAAAGGUGCAUCAUUAACUCUCUAGUCUAGUGCUUAUUUCUGAAUCUUGGGUUGCCAGGUUCAGUAAAGGUCACCAAAGGUCACCAAAGGUCACCGGACUGGUUACCAUUCUAAAUAUAAGUAGUUUGAGAUUCAAAUGCAUUUAUUUACUAACGCAUUUCACUGUGAAUCUCAUUUGAAUCCUCUCUUACAGCUUUCCAGUCCUGGUUGUGUUCUGUGAAUUUCCAUGUGACUGCAUGGAUCAUGUGACGUCAAUUAAUCCAGGUCAUGUGAUCAUCCAAGAUGUCACAUGUUCAGCCCUGAAGGGAUAAGUGAAUCAAUUUUCAGCAACAAUUUUUCAGUUAAAAAUUGAAUAAAAUGAAAGUGAUUCCUUUUUCCCAGUUUUUAUCUAAGAUUCGUUAUCCCGGUAUUUAUGUAAGGGUCAAAGAUGUAAUGUUCUAAGAAUAUAAUGAUUAUUAAUAUCUACUGAUGAACUCACACAAUAUUCAAAGUUUGAAAAAAGAUAUUGCUAAUUUCAGAGAUAAACAAAAUAUUGAAAAGUGAAUCAUGAAAAUGAUAAAAUAAUUCAGGAGGAAUUGAAUAAAUGCAUUUCAUAUCUGUAAGAGUUUUAGUCCAUUCAGACACUAAGUGUUUGUUGUGCAUUAUUUAGUUAUAUUUAUUGAUAUGUUACUUAGUAACUUAGUACAGUGAACAUGGUCAAGUCGUCAUAGAAUGGUUCCCUUUUUGGCAUCGUGAAUUUACUUUUCCCUGUAUCAUUUUUUCUGUCAAUACCAGUAUACUGAAUACUAUAAAAAAUUAUUUUUAUGCUAAUUUUUUGUUUUCUUCAGCAUCAUUAAAAUAUGCAAAUUGAUGUUCUAUGUAACCUAUUGGUGUAUUAUAUGAAACAUAUUAAAACAUAUUGCUGUAAAAUUGCCUUGAUGCUGUAAACAAAAUAUAUAUAUACAGGAAUUAAUUUUACAGUACAGCUUACAAACUAUUCCUUUAAUGCACAAAUUAAACUUGUUCAUUUAAACAUAAUUUUAGAGUUAGCAACCCUGUCCCACUACUGCACUGCUGCUUUUGCUACGUACAGUUACCUCCCCUUAACUUCUGUUUGGAUGUAACUGGAGCACAUAUGGGCCAGGUAGCUCAAUCAGUUUCAGCGAUGGUACAACAAUCAGAACCUGGGUUCAAAUCCUCCGAUCGUUUUAAUUGUUGCUCUAUCCAACUAUGUUGCAAUAAUAAUAUUUGGAGGAUCUUAUAUAUAUACUGCUUUAUCACAUCCUAGUUCGUAGGUCGUCUCAAAGCCGUU